GACUUCUUAUAAAACAGGGAGCCAGAUCCACUGCCUUUAACUAUCCCGGGAUAGCUCUCUGCAAUCCAUCACCUCACCUGAUCUCCUGACGAGCGAACCCCUUGCAAACUCCGGCUCGGUUACAUAGCCAGGUCUGCGCAACUCGAAACGACAAACACCAAGGCCCAGCCAGUCCAGUCCGUCAUCGAAAAGAAGCAUUAAUACUACCCCCGCGACCAUCUGGAGGUUUCUCCUCCAUUAUUAUUAUCACCUCUACCAAUAUCCAUCAACGUCCUAGCAACCAACUCGACAAGCGGAUAUCCCACAACUACAACCAACCAUGUCGUCCUCACUACCCUGGGACUACAUCGCAAAGCUAGUAUGCAUCGGCGACUCAGGCUGCGGUAAAUCCUCGCUCACGAUCCGGCUCUGCGAAGGUCGUUUCGUCACCCACCACGACGUGACCAUCGGCGUCGAAUUCGGCUCGCGCAUCGUCCCCGUCGGUCCUCCUCACAGCGAUUCCCAAGAACAACAAUCACAAGAACCAACAGCCACCACCUCAGAUCCCACAACAACAAUACCAAACGGCACAACCUCCUCCUCCUCGGGCCUCCCCCCACCCCCAAUAGCCGCCAAACCCUCCUCUUCUUCAUCCGACCCCCCUGUCCCGCAAAAACACAUGAAACUCUCCCUCUGGGACACCGCCGGCCAAGAAACCUACAAAUCCGUCACCCGCUCAUACUUCCGCGGCGCCUCCGGUGCCCUCCUCGUCUUCGACUUGAGCAGGAAACAAACCUUCGAGCACGUAACCGACUGGCUGAACGACCUUCGCGCCAUCGCCGAGCCGGACAUUGUCGUUAUUCUUGUGGGGAACAAGGCCGAUCUUACAGAACAAAAUGAGGACGGGGAAAACAACAAGAGGGAGGUAACGAGGAAAGAAGCGGAAGAGUGGGCAAGGAAGAAUGGUGUCCUAGAAUACGUGGAGACGAGCGCGAAGAGCGGGGAGAAUGUCGAGAAGGCGUUUAUGAGGGUUGCCGAGAGGAUAUACCAGAAUAUUCAGGCGGGGAAGUAUGAUUUGAACGAUAGAAGGUCGGGGGUGAAGGGGCCGAGUGCUGGGUUAGGUGGUGGAGGGGGAGGGGGCGGGGGGACGAAUGUGAAGUUGACGGGGGAUAAGGCGGGGAGUUAUGGAGGGUGUUGUUAG